UCCCGGGGGGCGGGGCCGCGGAAGCCGGACGUAAACAGCCCCGGAGUGUCUCGGGCCCAGGCUCCGUCUCGGCGGCGGCGGAGGCGCAGGCCCGGGAGGUGCUCGGGCGGCGUCAGGCUGGUCCGGGGAGAGCGGUGCAAUCAGGAUUGGAAAAGAUGCCAGCCCCAGCUGCCACAUAUGAGAGGAUAGUUUACAAAAAUCCCUCUGAACACCACUACAUGAAAGUCUGCCUAGAAUUUCAAGAACACGGGGUUGGACUGACUGCUGCACAGUUCAAACAGCUGCUCAUUUCAGCCCUGAAGGACCUGUUUGGGGAGGUUGAUGCUGCCUUACCCUUGGACAUCCUAACCUACGAAGAGAAGACCUUGUCAGCCAUCCUGAGAAUAUGCAGCAGUGGUCUUGUCAGAUUGUGGAGCUCUUUGACCCUGUUAGGAUCCUACAAAGGCAAGAAAUGUGCCUUCAGAGUGAUUCAGGUUUCUCCAUUUCUCCUUGCAUUAUCUGGCAAUAGUAGGGAAUUAGUAUUGGAUUGAAUAGCCUUCAAUUUCAGAAACAUUCCUCUGCUCUCAACACUAUCUUUUGGUGCCAGCAUAAUGCUUGAUGACUGAAACAGG